UAAAAAAAAAGUAUUAAUUUAUUUCUUUAAUUUUAUUUUUUGGCUCGUCUGAUCUUUCACUCUCAAUCUUCAUCUCCUCCAUCCGUCUUCUCCCACCCAGUGCCGACGAUUUGUGUCAUCUUUUUUUACUCUCUUCUUCUUCUUCUUCUUCUUUAUGGCCGAGAAACAGCAAGAAACAUUUGUAUAAACAUUACCCACAAACACUCUGUAUCUCUCCAUUCACAAAGUGUUCAUCUUUUAGGUGGGUUCUUCCUGCUUUUUACUUAAAGAAUGCGGGUUUCUGCCAAAUGCAGAUUCAGAUUCGUCUAGCUGAUUUAACCCAGAAAGUGUCUUUCUUUUCACCCGUCUUUUUAGGAGAUAAUUACACUUGAUCUCUUUUUUUUUUUUUUUUCAUUCCUCAAUAAUCCGAAGGGGAGGGUGAAAUACGGAGGAGGGAAGGAGGGAGGGUGAGGUGGUUGGAAGAGGAAGAAGAGGAAGAAAAAGAAGAUGAUGAUGAAAAUGAAGGCGAGGAAUUUGGUGAUUGUUCUGCUAAUCGUCACGGUGGUGGCUCCUAUCGUUCUUUACACUGACCGUGUCGGCACCUUCAAGGCUUCGCCUUCUCGACGAGAAUUUCUCGAAGAAGUUACGACUCUUACUUUCAGUGGGGAUAGCAGGCAUAGUAAUCUGAUUUCCCAGGAAUCUUCCAUAACCCUCAAGGUUCCCGAAGGCGUUGUAUAUUCUGAUGAAAAUUCUGCCAAUUCUCUUCUUGUUUCUAGUUCUUCAGCUCAAGCUAAUGAUUCUGCUGAAGCUCAAGAUUUAGGAUUGCAAGAAACAAGGGAGCAUAAAUCUGCUCGAGUAUUAUCCACAACUAAUGAGGAUGAUCAAUCCCAAUCUGCAAAUCCCAUCAAACUAGUAACUGAUGUGGGAGAUCAGAGAUCCAUGGAAUUGGGUUCCCAGAAAGUUGAAGAAGACGGAGGUAGCAUUCAAAGAUUAGCUGAGCAGACAUCCAUUAUUGACUCCAAAAAUAAGGAUAUAAAGCAGGAGAAAGUUUCGGUGCAAAUCUCUGGCAAGGUUGAUGGAAAUGAAGUGAGAGAUGCUAGAGCUGAAAAACAGACUGAGCAAGUAACUGUGCCAGAUGCACGAGUGCGGCAACUUAAAGAUCAACUAAUCAGGGCAAAGGUUUACCUUUCCCUUCCAGCCACAAAAGGCAAUGCCCAUUUUGUAAGGGAGCUCCGAUUGCGGAUUAAGGAAGUUCAACGUGUAUUGGGAGAUGCAUCCAAGGAUUCUGAUCUGCCAAAAACUGCCUACGACAAAUUGAAGGCAAUGGAGCAAACACUUGCCAAGGGCAAGCAGAUUCAUGACGACUGUGCUGCGAUAGUAAAGAAGCUUCGGGCUAUGCUCCAUUCAACAGAAGAGCAGCUUCGAGUGCACAAGAAGCAGACCAUGUUCUUGACACAGUUAACAGCUAAAACACUUCCUAAAGGCUUGCACUGUCUUCCUUUACGCCUAACAACCGAGUAUUAUAGCUUGAAUUCUUCUCAACAACAAUUUCCAAAUCAAGAGAAAUUAGAAGACCCCAAGCUCCAGCACUAUGCACUUUUCUCUGAUAACGUUUUGGCAGCAGCAGUUGUUGUAAACUCUACCGUGACUAAUGCUAAGCACCCCUCGAACCUUGUCUUCCACAUUGUUACGGACAGGCUCAACUAUGCAGCAAUGAGGAUGUGGUUUCUCGUUAAUCCACCUGGGAAAGCCACUAUUGAGGUUCAAAAUAUUGAAGAGUUUUCAUGGCUAAAUGCAAGUUAUAGUCCAGUCCUUAAGCAGUUGGGUUCCCAAUCCAUGAUUGACUAUUACUUUAGAGCUCAUCGAGCUAAUUCUGAUUCCAAUUUGAAAUUUCGAAAUCCAAAGUACCUAUCCAUCCUGAACCAUCUACGCUUUUACCUGCCAGAGAUCUUUCCUAAGCUCAAUAAAGUUGUCUUCUUGGAUGAUGAUAUAGUUGUGCAGAAAGAUCUCAGUGGCCUUUGGGCCCUUGAUCUGAAGGGUAAUGUUAAUGGUGCUGUGGAGACUUGUGGAGAAAACUUCCAUCGCUUUGAUCGGUAUCUUAACUUCUCAAAUCCGCUCAUCUCUAAGAAUUUUGACCCUCAUGCUUGUGGAUGGGCAUAUGGGAUGAAUGUCUUUGAUUUGGAGGAAUGGAAGAGGCAAAACAUCACAGAGGUGUAUCAUCAAUGGCAGAAACUGAAUCAUGACAGACAGUUAUGGAAGUUGGGGACCUUGCCACCGGGUCUCAUAACAUUUUGGAAUCGCACAUUUCCAAUUGAUCGAAAUUGGCAUGUGCUUGGCCUUGGUUACAACCCAAACGUCAACCAGAGGGAUAUUGAACGUGCAGCUGUCGUACACUACAACGGCAACAUGAAACCAUGGUUGGAGAUAGGCAUACCAAAAUACAAAAACAACUGGGCAAAAUAUGUGGAUUAUGAUCACAUGUAUUUGCGGGAGUGCAACAUCAACCCAUAAAUAUGGCCUUCAUGACACAGUUCCCCCCACAUUUACCUAAUCUUGGCCAUGCAUUUUUACAGCUGCGCAUCGCUUUGCAUAGGUUCUUUUUAUUAAGAGGUAUAAAUCCUGAGUUUGAUUCUUUACUGUAUACAUUUUGAUUUUUUUUCUUCUUUCCCGAGCCAUGGUAGAUUCAGAGGGAAACUGCAUUAUAGUAUAUUUCUUUUUUUUUCUUCAUUCUUAGUUACAUGUCUGCAAAAUUCUGCAGAUGCAUAUGUAAAUGAGUGGAAGCUAGAUUUUUCUUUUUGGGUUUAAUUUUUUUAAAGCUAUUGGCUCUCUCUAUACAAUUAGUUCAUGUGAUAUAUAUGGUGUUGUAACUUCAGAGUUUGUUGGCAAUUGGCAA